AUGCUUAUCCAUGUCAGCAAAUGGAUUACUCGGCCCUUCGGCACUUGCUACCACCAUAUAAGACUCACUCGAUGUCUUCUUCUCCCCAACCCCCGCGGCGCAAACACCAUGUUUCUUGUGCUUACCACCCCCUCAACCUCCAACACCACUUACACCAACGAGUUCGGUGUCCCUCAAUACCAAGUUGAUACGCGCUCGACAAGGGCUAAUCGGACCUCCUUUAUUCGUCGCGUCUCCCAGCGCCAAUCCACUGCUAGCCCACAUUCGGAUUUGGACGUUUUCGCUAUCAAUACUCCCCAGCGAUCCGCUGCGAUAGACGUCGCCACCAUUAGGUGGAAUAUCGUCAAGUCGACCGUUAUCGACUUCGGGGGAAAGGAGCGUCAGACGAAGCACUGGCUGAAGCGCGAAGAUGUCUCAUAUGGCUUUAGCCCGCGAGUGAUGACGGCGCGGGAUGGAAGGGAAUACCGCUGGACACAAAACCCGGAGACUUCUGAGCUUCAGUUCCGCACAAACAACACACAAGAUGUCCUCGUCGCCCGUUUUCAUGCCGAGAAGGAACUGCCAGCUUUCUCCCCUACUCGCCCGCUUCCUGCUCUCGAGGUCUUACCAGAGUUUGAGCAUCUGGCCGAGGAGAUUCUGGUCACUUUCGUCUACGUAGACAACAGAAACAGCAGGAAAUCGCCCUCUCGAAGUCCGUCCCGCAAAGGUUCAAACUGA